GUUCUAAAAAUAAAAGGUGUUUGAUAAAGUAUUUUCGAAGAAAUCGGAGUGUCACCUCGCUUCCAAAUGGCCUCUAAUAGUGUGGCAAACACCCCAUUGCCCAGCGAAGGCAGCAGAAGGGUGGCGUUUGCCUACCAAAAUCACACCAGGUCGGUGGACAAUUCGUCCAUUAAAUCAAGCGCUCCAUCGCAGCGCUAUGGAAGAAGGGCCUCCGUUUUCCUGCUGGAACAUUUAUCCGAGGUGAAACACGCUGGCUUGGGAAUAGGGGAGAAAUGCAACGUGUGGAUGUACAGCAAGAUCAAAUUUCUGAGCAAGAAGUGGUUCACUCACUGUUUCCUGGUCAUUGUGAUGAUCCUCUACACAGUCGGUGGCGCCGUGAUAUUUUUAACAGUGGAAGGUCAAAACGAAACGAAACUAAUUGAACGAGACAUCGAACUCCAAGUCAAAGAACUGCUAAACGAGCUGCGAUAUAAAUCCCUCAGUGUGCCUGAGCAGUUUUCCGAAAAAGAAUGGUCGGGAGAAGCAGCUAGACGACUAGUGAAAUUUGAACGCAAAAUCACCUUGGCAUUUCAGCAACAUCCCUUGGUAGUUUCCCACACCAACGGUAGAGUGUGGACUAUAUGGAAUGCUGUAGUUUACUGCUCUACGCUCUACACCACCAUUGGUUAUGGGCACUUGUAUCCUACCACAUUCACUGGUAGAGUGUUAACCAUAGUUUAUUCCACUAUUGGCAUUCCAUUGUUCCUGAUUGCUCUUACCGACUUUGGGAAACUCUUCACCAGAGGAAUCAAGUUUGUGUGGUCGUAUUUCCGCACGUUUUACUACACGAGAAGUUGUCGAAGAGUCAGGAAAACUAGUCAUGUGCAGGAAAUCAUCAAAGGUGCUCAAGUGAUGUACGAAUAUGCGACUUUCCGAAGAAUGUCCACAUGGGGAAAUGAGGAUGAGAAGCCCAAGCCAGAACCAGACACUCCGAAGCCUCAAUCUGCGGUUGUUUUAGAGCCUCAAACCCCCGCAAUUUCUUCAUUUGAAAUCGAUGACGAAUUCAACCUUCCCAUCACCCUGGCGCUGAUUCUACUGGUAGCGUACAUGCUAAUAGGAGCGGCAGUCUUCAUGGUUUGGGAGAAAUGGGACUUUUUCGCUUCAUUCUAUUUUGUCUUCAUGUCCAUGUCCACCAUCGGGUUUGGUGAUAUUGUUCCUGAACAGCCCACUUAUAUGAUCCUCUCCAUUGUCUAUUUGUGCUUCGGACUGGCCCUGAUGACGAUGUGCAUCAAUGUGGUCCAAGACAAGCUGAGCGACACUUUCAGUCACGCCUCUGCUAGAAUCGGAGAAACCAUUGGAGUUGAUCUGGAGGAGGGAAGCAAAGACAGUGAGGACAAAUCUAGUGAUAAAAAUGAGGAUAAAGAUGCGCAAGAUGAAGCCAAUUUGGUUAAUGAGAAUGCAAACGGACAGAGGAUUCAAGUGGAUGAUUCGCCGUUUAACUGGUCAACUGCACAGUUGGUUAGUUAGUAGUGAAACUAUGCUGCCAUUUACAAGCGGAGGGCCACUGUUGGGAUGGAAGGAAAGAUUCUUUGAUAUUUUUCUGAAAAAUGUGGAAAAAGUGAAAGUUUCCUUGGAACAUGGUUUUCUUCUUGGCGCUGUGUUUUAUUUAGGUAUACAUAAAGGUAGAUUUUAAAAAUGUUUUGUAUCUGCGUUAUUACUGUACAGUUUUUAGGUGUUUUAAUACAUGUUAUCUAUGUUG